AUGGCUGCUGCCGGGCGACGGGCCCUAACCGCCACCGCAGCCCUUGUGCCCUCAAUCACAGAGUCAUCCACCGCCCUGUCUGUAACAUGCAUCCCCGUACAUUCCUUGUCCGUACGUUCGACCUACAUUUUCACGUACGGCACCACUAGGUUGAGAUUCUGCGCGGUUAUGAUCCUGGAGUACCUCUCGGGCGGUCAGAUGCUGGACCACCUGCACCGAGUGGAGCACUACUCGGAGGCGCAGGCGGCCCGGCUGUUCGCGCAGGUUGCCGGUGCUGUGGGCUACAUGCACAACCUGAACAUGGUGCACCGCGACAUCAAGCCCGAGAACGUCAUGUUCGCUCGGCCCGUGGAGGAGUGCGUAGCGCAGGGCCGACCCCUGAGAGUGAAGCUCAUUGACCUCGGCAUGGCGACGGUGCUGCUGCCGCCGGAAAUAGCCAGGACCAAGAUCAAGGCGGAGGUGCAGCAGCAGCAGCAGCAGCAGCAGCUCCUCCGGAAGCGGCGGGGGGAGCAGUACGGCGGGACAUCGUCGUCGUCAGGGAAUCAGCAGCCGCCGCCGCCGUCAUCGCGACGGACUCCCCCCCGCGGGUGUAUGGGGUCUCCUGGCUUCAUCGCACCGGAGGUUGUGCGCGGGGGCUGGCACACGGCUCCGGGCCCGGAAGGCCACUCAGUCUAUUCCCUGGGUGUGCUGCUGUUCGCAAUGCUCACGGGCCGUAAGCCCUGGUCACUGAAGGACUCCAGGAACCUGUCGUACGGGGAGCGACCCAUCAACGAGGCGCCAGGAAUGAAAGACCCCAUCUUUCUGUCGCUGUCCUCCGCCGCCCGGGAGCUGCUGCUGGCCAUGUUGGCGGACGACCCGCGGGACCGUCCCUCGUGUGGGGAGGUGCUCAGACACCCCUUCAUGACGCAGUCCAUGGCGACAGGGGGUCCCGCGCUGCUGAGUCAGCCUCUGGAUGCGGCCAUAAAGCGCCGCUUCGCCCAGCUGGCAUCCUUGCGCCGCUUCCGUGGCUUGGCCUUCGCCAUGAUGGCUAGCCGGGCGGAGGGUCAGAACCUCUCCGACUUCACCAAGCAACUCACGGACAGGCGAAAAGCGCUGCACAGGGACCUCGUCGUCCGGGCCAAGACCCGCAACUCCGUGAGCUUGCAAGUCGAGAGAGACCAGCAGCAGCAGCAACAGCAGCAGCAAGGGAUGGGACUGCAGGACCGCAACAGUGGUGGUGCCUCAGCCGGCAGGCAGCUGCUGCGUGGCUCGCUGCUGCUGAUGCCGCGUGCGCAGAAGCACAGGCUCUCCGCCACCGCCACUGCCACUGCCACCGCCGGCCCACCCGUUGACAACAGCCCCGCCUCACAACCCGGCUGCCGCCUCAGCAUCGACUCGGCCUGCUCGCAGCAGCCGCUGCUGCUGCGGCAGCGCGAACAACAUCAGCAGUGGCUGCUACAGCAGAAGACGACGACACCGAUGGCGACGGCGCGGACGUCUCUGGACCGACGAAGGAGCCUGACCUUGUCCGCGGACUGCGACGGCGACGGCGACGACGGCUCAGAGCGGGGAAACCUCGACCCGCAGCGACCCAACACUCACCCGCAGCUUGACGGAUCCACACACCGCAGCUUGGAAUCGUUUGGGGGCUCCUCAGCUUCCUCCCGACAGCCCCUGGUGGGGCCCGGUGAGGGCGGAGGUGGAGGUGGAGGUGGAGGUGGAGGUGGAGGUGGAGGUGGAGGUGGAGGUGGAGGUGGAGGUGGAGGUGGAGGUGGAGGUGGAGGUGGAGGUGGAGGUGGAGGUCACAGGCAGCUGCCAAGCCAUCACGCCAGUCAUCCGGUGCUAAAUUGGCUUGCGGCAAGCGGCGGCGGGACCGGCGGCGCCGCCAGCAGCCAGGCAGGGGGUGCUUCCACGGCGGGGGGUGCCGCCGGCGCCGGCGGGAGCCGUAGGGCGCCGAGCGCCUCGCAACCGCCGUACUAUCACCUCCUGCAACGGCACGGGCUAGAGACGGUAGCGGAACCGGAGGAGGGGGUCGUCGACGCCGCCGGGCUGCCGCCGCCGGCGGUAGCAGCAGCAGCAGCGCCGCCGCCGCCGCUGCCGCUGUUGGAGCCUGUAACCGGUGCAGGCUACCGCACCGGCCGCGGCUGGUCCAGCUCCGGCCGGGCGCUGGCAGGCGCGCCGCAACCACCUCAGCAGCCACCGCAGCUGCAACCACCGGCACAGCAGCGGCAUCUGGCUUCCCGACCGCGGCGGCGGUCCGUACGGGAUAGGGGGCUGGAACUGGCGGCAGUGGACCCACUGGCGCUCAUUCGGGAGCUGCCAGGUGUCGCCGGAGGGCAGUUAUGCAGGGCGCACAGCGCGCCGGAGAAUUUGGCCGUAUCGCUACUGCCCCUGCUAGGCAGUGACGGCGGCGGCGGCGGCCGUGGCAGGUGGGACGGCGGCGGAGCCGCUGCCGCCGAUGUCGCCGCCGCCGCGGCAGCCCGGACGGGGGCUGCUUUGGGCACCUGCGGCGGCGGCGGCAUCGGCGGCAUCGGCGGCCGCUGCAGCGAUGUUAGUGACUUGUGGUUGGACCGAAUAGCGCUGGGUGCGGAUAUGCGUGCUCUAUCGGCUAGCAGCUGGACUUUAGACCUCCUGGAGAAUGCUGAGCUGUUGGCGGCACUGACCGGCGUGCCGUUAGGCCGCCAGGCCUCCUCAUCCAAUUUGGAGCCUACCGUCGUACGCGGCGGUACGGCACGGUGGCAGAGCGGCGCGCUGGCGGCAGUGCUCAGCGCCGCCACACGGGCUUCCAGUGACGCCGCCGCCAUGCUGCAGCAGCUACGCACCGACGUGCCGCAUGGCGGCGGCGGUGGUGGCGGUGGUGACGGCGGUGACGGCGGCGGCGGCUUUACGUCCUCCCAAUCGCGCGAUGUGUCCGUACAUCAACUGGCGCAGGCCGUACUGGCGGUGGCGCGUGCGGGAAACUCGACUCAUGGCGGCAGCGCCGCUGCCGCUGCCAUCGCUGCCGUUACAUCGCUCACCGGGCGUCAGAGCAGGGACGGCUUGUUGUCGAGGACCGCAUUUGCAACGGCGGGAGCGGCGGCGGCGGCGGCGGCGCUAACGGGCCCCGAAGCGGACACAACAAUUCAGCCCUACGCCGGCGUCGCCAGCCCCGCUGCCGCUGUGGAAUUCAGCCCUUCGGGCCUUGCGUCAAGAAGCCCGGCCGACGUUAAUAUCGUCCCCUCGCGGCCCUUAGAGAUCGGGUGUGGUCUCCAACCCCGAGCGCUGUUUGACAGCUGUCCCACCCCGUUGCUCGUACGUCCAUCCCUGGAUGGAUCCGCCGUACAGUCGAUGCCACCGCAGCCGCCGCUGCGGCUGCUGGAGGCAGCCGCGAUCACAUCGCGCAUAAGCGAAGCCACUGCCGUCGAGGGGUGCUGCGCAGACGUCGGAGAGCCGUUGCCGCUGCUGCGCACGAUCGUACGGCACGAUAUGGGCUCUGGGCCGUCGUGCGAUGUGCCAUACACCUCCCUGCAUCUCACCGCGUCGUCGCGCCAUCUGGGAGUUUCGCUGGCGGCGGCGGGAUCUCCUGCGGCCGCCGCCGCUGACGCGGCUGUGACGGCGGCUGCGGCUGCGGUAGCGAUGCCUGCGGUGACGGGGACAACCUCACUCUUCAAUUUGCCAGGGUUACUUGCGAUGGCGGAGCCGCCUGUACGGCUAUCGUCCCUGGCGCUAGUUGACGCGGACGAGCGCAUCGCAUUCGAACAGGCAUCCCUGGAGGGAACACUACACGGCGGAAACCUCUGGCUUCUGUGGGCCUCCGGAGCCGCCGCCGCCGCCGGCCCCGGCGGCGCUGGCUGUUCCGCCGAUGGCAGUACCCGCCACGUCGCCGCCGCCGCCGUCGCCGCCGCCUGUCGCGAACUGAGCAGCCAGAGCCGCCUUCCUCAAUCAGUCCCCCCAAUCGCCCCCCUCCUGCCCGGCAGCGAAGGCGAGCGAGCUCCUGCCGCUACCGCUCCUGCUACCGCGUCCACCUCCACCUCCGUCACCGGCCCCGCCCGGUGGUCCUCCAGCUCGGAAAUCGGUGUGGAGCUGGGGACGGGCGCGGACCUUCUGGGAUUGCAGCUGCUGCACGAGCGGCGUGUGGCGGGCCGGGCUGUGGGCGGUGUGGGCAGUCCGGCGGGGGGGCCCCCGGACUGCAUGCGGUCUCCGCGCUUCACCCUGGCGCGUAUCACGGAGAGCUCCGACAUAGGGGGUUCGCCCGGGGCUAAGGGCGGCAGUGGCAGCGGCGGCGGCGCCGCCAUCACAGUUGCUACCGUUGCCGCUGACGCGGCGCCGGGCAUGCUAAACGCGCCGCUGGCACCGCUUCCGCCUCCUCCUGAGCCGCCGCCGAGGGGUUUUGAGGCAGCUCCGCAGCGCCUAACGACCCGUGGCUCUAGCGGAGGCGGAGGCGGGGACGACGGCGGAAGCCGCCGCUGCACUGUUCCUGCUGCUGGCAAGCCGUCUGCCGAGGCGAUCUCUCCGGGCGGCGGCGGCGGCGGCGUGGCGGCGGCGCGCUGGCGUUCCCCGUUCGAGGUCUUGGCGGCCUGGGGGCCCUCCGCCACGGACCCGGGGCUAGAGCUAGAGCUAGAGCUAGAGCUAGAGCUAGAGCUAGUGCUAGAGCUAGAGCUAGAGCUAGAGCUAGAGCUAGAGCUAGAGCUAGAGCUAGAGCUAGAGCUAGAGCUAGAGCUAGAGCUAGAGCUAGAGCUAGAGCUAGAGCUAGAGCUAGAGCUAGAGCUAGAGCUAGAGCUAGAGCUAGAGCUAGAGCUAGAGCUAGAGCUAGAGCUAGAGCUAGAGCUAGAGCUAGAGCUAGAGCUAGAGCUAGAGCUAGAGCUAGAGCUAGAGCUAGAGCUAGAGCUAGAGCUAGAGCUAGAGCUAGAGCUAGAGCUAGAGCUAGAGCUAGAGCUAGAGCUAGAGCUAGAGCUAGAGCUAGAGCUAGAGCUAGAGCUAGAGCUAGAGCUAGAGCUAGAGCUAGAGCUAGAGCUAGAGCUAGAGCUAGAGCUAGAGCUAGAGCUAGAGCUAGAGCUAGAGCUAGAGCUAGAGCUAGAGCUAGAGCUAGAGCUAGAGCUAGAGCUAGAGCUAGAGCUAGAGCUAGAGCUAGAGCUAGAGCUAGAGCUAGAGCUAGAGCUAGAGCUAGAGCUAGAGCUAGAGCUAGUGCUAGUGCUAGAGCUAGAGCUAGAGCUAGAGCUAGAGCUAGAGCUAGCUUUCCCCAGUCUGGUAGACUGCCGGUCUACUCAGGUGUCCCUCUGCGUCUCCUAG